AACUGGUUCAGCUACCGGUACUUCAACGCGCCUGCUUUCUUGUAAAGAGAGCGAGUAGAGCCUCAGGUGAUCUACGUAUCUUAGUGAAUUCAGAUGCCAUUUUCAGACCAGAGCAGAAGGAAGAAAAAUAAAACUGAGGUGACUGAGGUCCAGAGAUGAGUGUUUGUGUGGAGGAAGAGGAUAGAGCAGAACUUCCAGGAUCCAGCCGUCUGGACAUGGACCAGUCCAAAGGUUCUGCAGCUGGAGCCUCACAGACAAAACGUCAAAAUCACAGACAGAGAUCAGAACCUCCAGGAUCCAACUGUCCUUCUAUGAAGAGCGAUCGGUCCAAAGACUUGAAUCCUCCAGACUUCAGUGAUGAACCUAGAGCCUCAAACACAAAUUCAGACAGAGAGAAGAGGAGUCGUGUUCCUGUGGAGGAGCAGCCGUCCUGCUGUGCAGUGUGUCAGGAGGUUCUGAAGGAUCCAGUCUCUAUCAGCUGUGAACACUGGUUCUUUAGACAGUGCAUCACCUCAUACUGGGACCAGUCUGGACCAUCAGGAGACUUCUCCUGUCCCCAGUGUGGACUAGACUCUAGACUGCAGAUGGGACGUCUGAACCGACCCAUCCAAACAGAUGUUGCUCUGCAGGAGGCUUUAGAUGAACAUAAGCUCAGUCUGAGGAGCAGAUGUGAAUGUGUGACUGAAGGAGGUGAAACAGGAAGCGGAGUCCUCCUCACCAGCAUCUACACUGAGCUCUACAUCACAGAGGGACAGAGUGAAGAGGUGAACACUCAACAUGAGGUGAGGCAGCUGGAGACAGCUUCCAAGAAGAACACCCUCCAUGAUGCUCCCAUCAAGGUCCACGACAUCUUUAAAGCCUCCUCUGACCCACACAGACCCAUCAGACUGGUUCUGACCAACGGCGUUGCGGGCGUUGGAAAAACCUUCUCGGUGCAGAAGUUCACUCUGGACUGGGCCGAGGGCCGGGAAAACCCAGACGUCAGUGUGGUGGUUGUGCUGUCGUUCAGGGAACUGAACCUGAUCAGAAAUCAGCAGCACAGUCUUCUCACGCUGCUCCAUGUUUUCCAUCCAACGCUCCAGAAGGUCCCAGCAGAGCAGCUCGCUGUCCUGAAGCUUCUGUUCAUCUUUGACGGCCUGGAUGAAAGCAGACUCUCACUGGACUUCAGCCGCAGGAAGGUUGUGUCUGACGUCACACACACGUCAUCGGUCCACGUGCUGCUGACCAACCUCAUCCAGGGGAACCUGCUUCCCUCGGCUCUGAUUUGGAUCACUUCCCGACCCGCAGCGAUCCAUCAGAUCCCUCCUACAUGUGUGGACAGGGUCACAGAAGUACGAGGCUUCACCGACGCCCAGAAGGAAGAGUUCUUCAGGAGGAGAUUUAGCCACGAGCAGCUGUCCAGCAGAAUCAUCUCACACGUCAAGACGUCCAGAAGCCUCCACAUCAUGUGUCAGAUCCCAGUGUUCUGCUGGAUCACUGCUACGGUUCUGGAGCACAUGUUGACUACAGAGCAGAGAGGAGCGCUGCCCACGACCCUGACGGACCUGUACUCACACUUCCUGCUGGUCCUGACCCAGAGGAAGAGGAACAAGUACCAUGAGGGACAUGAGACCAGUCCACAGGAGCUGAUGGAGGCUGACAGGGAAGUUCUCCUGAAGCUGGGGAGGCUGGCGCUCAAACAUCUGGAGGAAGGAACCAUCAUGUUCUACCAAGAAGACCUGGAGCAGUGUGGUCUAGACGCCACAGAGGCCUUGGUUCACUCAGGAGUCUGUACUGAGAUCUUCAGACCAGAGAGUGUGAUCCUCCACAAAACAGUGUACUGCUUUGUUCAUCUGAGCGUUCAGGAGUUUCUGGCUGCUGUUUACGCGAUGCACUGUUACACCAACGAGAAGGAGGAGAAACUGGACAGUGCUUGGGAUCCUUUUUGUUUUAAUGAUGCAGAACUCAAAAAUGGCCUAUUCUUGGAUAAGUUCCUGAGUAAAGUCACAAAGACAUCCCUCCAGAGUCCAAGUGGCCACCUGGACCUGUUUGUUCGCUUCCUUCAUGGCCUCUGUCUGGAGUCCAACCAGAGAAUCUUAGGAGGUUUGCUGGGUCACACAGAGAACAGUCCAGAAACCAUCCAGACAAUCAUUAACAAGCUGAAGGAGAUGAACGGUGAUAAAAUCUCUCCAGACAGAAGCAUCAACAUCUUCCACUGUCUGAUGGAGAUGAACGACCACUCGGUCCAUAAUCAGAUCCAAGAGUUCCUGAAGUCAGAGAACAGAUCAGAGAAGAAACUCUCCUUGAUCCAGUGUUCAGCUCUGGCCUUCAUGCUGCAGAUGUCAGAGGAGGUUCUGGAUGAGUUUAACCUGAACAAGUACAACACAUCAUGGGAUGGACGAUGGAGACUGAUCCCAGCUGUGAGGAACUGCAGAAAGGCUCAACUUUCUGACUGUGGACUCUCAGAGACUCACUGUGAAGUUGUGGCCUCAGCUCUGAAGUCCAACCCGUCACAUCUGACAAAUCUGGACCUGAGUAACAACAACCUGCAGGAUUCAUCAGUGAAGGUUCUGUGUGCUGGACUGGAGAGUCGUCACUGUCGACUGGAGACUCUGAGAUUGAGGAACUGCAGGUUGUCAGAGAUCAGCUGUGAUUCUCUGGCCUCAGCUCUAAAGUCCAACCCGUCACAUCUGACACAACUGGACCUGAGUGACAACAAACUGCAGGAUUCAGGAGUGAAGCAUCUGUGUGGUUUUCUGGAGAGUCGUCACUGUCGACUGGAGACUCUGAGAUUAAGACGCUGCAGUUUGUCAGAGAUCAGCUGUGAUUCUCUGGUCUCAGUUCUGAAGUCCAACCCGUCCCAUCUGACAGAACUGGACCUGAGAGAAAACAACAUGUGGUCUUCAUCAGUGAAGCCUCUUUGUGACCUGGUGCAGAGUCCAGACUGUCGACUGGAGACUCUAUGGUGGAAAUGGUCUGUGUGGUGAUGUCUCAGAACCAGCAGUACCGGUUGUGUGUAGAGGUUCUGACUGGUCCGUGUUACUAGAAGGUUGGGUGGACAAUAGAGCAUAAUCCAGCACAAAGAUUGGAGAUUAUUGAAGAUGAAGACUAUGUGUGGAAUGAUCUGAGACCAGCUUCGCCUUCGUCCUUGUGUGUUGGUCUGGAUGUGAAGAGAAUCCUCUGUGGACCUGAAGCCUCUUUCUGCUCCUCUGUCCUUCUACACAGUCUCUGCAGACACAUAGACUCUUUCUGCAUAUAUCUUAUUUCUUCUACCUUUAAACUUACAGGAUCCAAGCAGAUUCUGCUUUAACAAAAAUGUUGCUUCUGUUUGCAUCCCACAAUAAAAAUGAUUGCUGGGACUGAGUCUAAAGCCUUUUGCUGCUGCUGUGGUAUGUGGUGUCAGACAUAAGUGUUCACCCUAAAGGAAACACACAGAACAUGACGUCUCUAAGUCCAAAAAUUAAUAAAGUAAUUAAUAAAGUAAUUGUUUAAUUCAAGCAUUUAAGCCUUUGUGUUAUGUGCACAUAGAUUAGUUUUGUUUUGUUGUGUUAAAUGCACUGUGAUUUUUAAAGUUGCUUGUAAUUCGAACAAAAAGUUUGGGUCAAAAUACAAUAAUUUUAAAAUUA